AUGUCCGCAUCUCAGCUAACCCAACCUGCCCCUCAUUCCACUAAUAUUAUGGAACAGAUUCAAAGAGACGGUGUAGAGAUUCAAAGACAGCAAAUAGAACUGAUGAAGAGAAUAUCACUUCCUGCCCCUAAACCACCAGUAUUUAGUGGGAACAUCAUUGAGUUCCCUAAAUGGGUCUCUGCAUUUGAUGCCUUAAUUGAAGAAGAAGCUGUGAAGCCAGGCCACAAACUGUAUUACCUCGGAGAAUACACUUCAGGAUCCGCGCAGAAGAUGAUAAACGGGUUGUUGGGUCUUCAAACCGAAGAUGCCUACAAGCGAGCUAGAAAGAUACUUCAAGAUCGUUUUGGUGACCCAUAUAAGAUCUACGAGGCAUAUCAUGAACGUCUAAAAUCCUGGCCAAUCUGCAGUAAAGGUGCCGAGCUCCAAGAGUUAAGUGAUUUUUUGGUUUCAACUCAAGAAACAAUGAAAACAGUUAAAUAUCUCAGAGAAUUCGAUACUUUCUCAGCAAUACAAGAGUUGGUGGCAAGACUGCCAUCCCAUUACAGUAACAAAUGGUCACAAAGUGCAAAGAAAGUCGAAGCCAAAAAUGGAGAAUACACUUUCAAUGAUCUGGUAGAGUUCGUGCAAGAAGCCGCGGCCGACGCAACUCAUCCCGUCUUCUCCCAUGAAGCCCUGAUAUCCAAGAGGAGAGAAAUCCAGAAAGAUGCGAAGCAAGACGAUAAGAAAUUCGAUAAGAAAAGGAAGUACGGUUCCUUCUCUACAUACAAACACUCAGAGCAAAGUCACGGUUACUUAACAAAGAAAGGACAGGAUGUUUGUCCCCUGUGCGACAAACAGCACAAGCUUGAAGUCUGUGAUGAAUUCCUAAAGAAGAAGGUCAAAGAAAGAACCGAGUUUGCCAAACCAAAGGGACUUUGCUUCUCAUACCUACAACAAGGUCACAUGGCAAGACAGUGCAAAGGAGAUAUCAAGUGUCGUACUUGCAAGAAACCUCACGCGACCGUUCUUCAUUUCGAAUCUAAGCCCAACCCUAACACAGAAAAGGUGAAAGAAGCGGACCACGUAACACAUAAUUGCGCUAAAGUCUGCCACGUAAGCGAUAAUUGUCAAGAUAUUCCAACGAGUUCAUUGAUCAUACCCGUGUGGAUAUGUCAUAAAGACAUCCCGAGUAAGAAAGUGAUGAAGUACGCAGUAUUGGAUGAUCAAAGCGAUUCUUGCUUUAUCACAGACGGUGAUUGCAAGGAACUGGGAGUUAAUGGUCCGGAAACAGUUAUAGAACUAGGAACAAUGCACACUGUUCAAGACAUCAAGACCCAGAAAAUCAGUGGAUUGAUUAUUUCACCAGAAGACGAAUCGGUUGAUAUUCCUCUUCCCAAGUCGAUUUCAAGAGAGCAGAUCCCAGCACGACGAGAUCAAAUUCCUACCGCCGACAUGGCAAGAAAUUGGAGCCACCUAAGACCAAUUGCGAAAGAGAUUCCUGCAUAUCGUGAGGACCUUGACAUCGGGCUGCUGAUUGGAAACAACUGUGUGCAAGCCAUUAAACCACGCGAUGUUAUCCCUGGAAACCCACGAGACCCGUAUGCUGUCCGAACAGUGCUUGGAUGGGGUCUGAUUGGCGCAACGAAUCAGAGUCACAAGCAUCACAACACUGACAUCUCCAACUGUCAUCGAAUACAAACUCGAGAUAUUGCAUCUCAAGAUUCUCCAGAGUUAAAUUUCAUUUCACGUAAGCCGACCAAGGAAGUGUUAAACCCCAAUGCAGUACGAAGAAUGUCCGAACAGGACUUUUCUGAAAGGAACGGAGAAGGGAAAUCCUUAUCACAAAAAGAUAGAAGAUUCUUAGAAAAAACAAAGGCAAGUGAGCUCAUCAACAAUGCCACAUGGAUCAACAAUGCCACAUGGAUCAACGGUCCAGAGUUUCUGUACGAGCAACACGAAGACUCGAGUGAAUAUCAUCAGCCAAGCGACUUAACAAAACUUCUACCCGAUGAUGUGGAAGUAAAGAAGGCAUCCGUGCUAACGACGUCUGCAAAGGAGAUGCCGAGCAUGGUCGAAAGAUUAGAAUACUUCUCCAGCUUGCAUCGUGCAAAGAAAGCCUAUGCUGUUUGCCUGCGUUACUGUCGACUACUUCUCGCGAGAGUUCGAAAGAAAGAAAAGCCGAACAACGCAGAACCAGAAGUCCAGUCCAACCGGAAGUACAUACCCGUUUCGGUGGAAGAAAUGGAGUUAGCGGAGCAAUAUAUCGUGAAAUUAGUUCAGAAACAAGCCUUUAGCAAGGAACUGAGCUCGCUGAAACAAGAAAAGGAAGAUCAAAAUCACUCAAGAUCCGAGAGAAAGAAACGGGUGGUGUCUAAAUCAAGUACCUUAUUGCGACUAGAUCCCUUCAUCGACGAGAAUGGAUUAAUAAGGGUGGGAGGAAGAAUAAGAAGUGCGAGCAUCGAUGACAAAGUGAAACAUCCGAUCGUGCUACCGAAGAAGGAGUACUUAUCAGAGCUCGUCGUGCGACAACUUCACGAAAGAGUCGAACACCAAGGACGGGGGAUUACAAUGAACGAAGUCCGAUCAUCUGGAUAUUGGAUGAUUGGUGGAAAGUCAGUCGUCGCGAAGCUCAUCAAGAAAUGUGCAACAUGCCAGAGAUUACGUGCUACCGUAAAGGAUCACAAAAUGGCGGACCUUCCAAAGGAAAGAUUAGAAGCUUCUCCUCCUUUCACAUAUAGUGCCGUGGACUACUUCGGACCGUGGUAUAUAAAGCAAGGAAGGAAGGAAAUGAAGAGAUACGGCGUACUUUUCACGUGCAUGUCUUCUCGAGCCAUUCAUCUGGAAGUUUCAGAGACCCUUGAAACUGCCGCCCGCUCACGGUCGACAACUUAA